AUGUCAUAUGCGCAACGAGGCGGCCAAUUCGGAUCGGAUUCCAAAUCCAUAUAUCAAGCCAGAGCAGAGCUCGCAAUGAACUGGUGGAAACACCAUCACGAAUACCCUGUCCUUGCUCGCAUGGCCCGAGACUUUUUAGCUAUUCCAGCAUCCAGUAUCCCUAUCGAGCAGCUCUACUCCAUGGCCGAGAAGUUUGAUGCCGACAUCGGCGCUGGGAUUUCGGAGGAGACUCUGGAGAAUUUCGUCAUGGUAGGCGACCUGGACAGACAGCUUGAUCGAGGCGUGGACCCUGGCGUCAGGUUUACUGGCAAGCGUCAGGCUGAUGGGAGCUGGGAGAAGGCCGGUUCGAAACAAAGGGCAAGAUAA